GUAGCAGAGAUGUUCAAGAAGAAGAUGGAAGACGAGAGGAGGAAAAAGGAGACGCAGCAAACAGGUGGAGAUGCGAGAGCCACCGAGCAAGGACAGACCUCAGUGGAAAAGAAGGCACCUCCCGUGACGAGCUUUGUGGGGAAGCGCAGAGGAGGGGUGUUCCUAAAGACCGGCAUGGUUGCAAAGAAGCAGAAACAGGACACAGAGGCUGAGCCAGGCAAGAGUGAUGCUUGGUCAAAGUACAUGGCUGAGGUGAAAAAGUACAAAGCCCACCAGUGUGGCGACGACGAUAAAACCAGGCCUCUGGUCAAGUAGGUUCUGAGAGGUGAACGUGAAGCAGCAGUGUUAGAGGAGGAGACGAUUUGGGAGCAGCUCUGGCCAGUCCCGACCUCCUCAGCAUAAGUUGGCCUUCAUGAUACGUCUUUCACAAACUGCUGAGAACGACUCACUUGCUUUCCUUUUUGCAUUGUUUCUUAUUUGUUGGACUUUGUGAUUUGAUCUGGUGUCAAAAGGUGCUUCAGAAAUUUGGCAUACAUUACUGUUAAGUCUUUUCAAAACUGUCAUGUCUUCGUUAUGUUAGGGUUCAUUAAAGGACAGUGCUGGUGA